UUAUGUUAGGUGCAUUGAUAAAAACGAGUAGUAACCAAAUAUAAUAGGUUCCAGUUAAACAGGGGAAGAAGGGGGCUGCGCGCCGUUUCUUUUAAAGCGCAUGCUUGCGCGACUCACGACAUUUACGUUUCAGCUGCGAACACGACGUUUUGGAUAUUCACCUUCGAGUGUCAUUUGCGUACGCUUUGAUUACGGAAUUUUUUCCUUUUAUUUGUCACAACUGAAAAGAAACAUAUCACUGAUUAGAACGGCGCUCCAUAACAAUUUAUUACGCGAAUUCCUCGCUAGUUCAUUUCUCCGGGUUAAGCCGAAAGUAUCGUCUCACUACCGUCUCUAGUUCCAAUAAUCCACUAAUCCUUGAACCCCCGGGUAUCUUUAGAAGGGCUGCACAUUUAUUCUCUUUCUCUUGUGAGGCAAAUUUUUGUUAAUACUUUUGUCAUUAUUGUUACUCAGUGCGGAAGUUUUCGAUAGUAAACAAAAUGGCAUUGAAGAUUCGCGUUGAAUCGCCGAAGGUGAAAUAUACAGAAGAUUAUAUAGAAGCACAAUACGAAUACGAAACGACAAACGUUACUGAAGAUGAUGAUUACAAGUAUACGGUAAAGCCAGUGUCAACAAACUUAUUGAUUAGAACACAGUUGAAAAUUCCAAAGCUUGGAUUAAUGUUGGUUGGAUGGGGUGGAAAUAAUGGUACUACUAUUAGUGCUGCAUUAUUAGCAAAUAAACUUAAACUCUCGUGGGAAACAAAAAAUGGCCUUCAAAAAGCAAACUGGUAUGGUUCUUUGAUUCAAGCAUCUACUGUUAAGCUUGGUAGAGGAAUGAAGGAGGAUGUGUAUGUCCCAAUGUCUUGGAUGCUUCCAAUGGUAAAUCCAGAUGACAUUGAAGUUGAUGGUUGGGAUAUUUCCGGUAUGAAUGUAGCUGAUGCUAUGAAACGAGCAAAGGUUUUGGAUAUUAAUUUGCAAAAGCAAUUGGAACCAUAUAUGGUACAUAUGAAACCAAGGAAAAGCAUGUACUACCCUGAUUUUAUUGCUGCUAAUCAGGAGAAAAGAGCAAAUAAUAUUAUGUCUGGUACAAAACAUGAGCAUUUAGAUUUGAUUAGAAAAGAUAUCGCAGAAUUUAAAAAUUCAAAGAACCUGGAUCAAGUGAUUGUAUUAUGGACUGCUAAUACCGAAAGGUUUUCUGAAAUAAUACCAGGUGUAAAUGAUACAGCUGAAAACUUACUGAAGGCUAUCAAGGAAAACCAUUCAGAAGUUAGUCCGAGCACAGUGUUCGCUGUUGCAACAGCUUUGGAGGGUUGUACAUACAUAAAUGGGUCUCCUCAAAAUACUUUUGUACCAGGAGCUAUAGAAUUAGCUGAAAAACACAAAACAUUUAUCAGCGGUGAUGAUUUUAAGUCUGGACAAACAAAAUUAAAGUCCGUACUUGUAGAUUUUCUAGUCUCAGCUGGUAUUAAACCAGUAUCAAUUGUCAGUUACAAUCACCUUGGAAACAAUGAUGGAUACAAUUUAUCCGCUCCACAGCAAUUUAGGUCAAAGGAGAUAUCCAAAAGUAACGUGGUCGAUGACAUGGUGCAAUCGAAUAACAUCCUUUACCAACCCGGAGAGAAGCCAGAUCAUUGCGUUGUUAUCAAAUAUGUUCCGUAUGUUGGUGAUAGUAAACGGGCAAUGGAUGAAUACACGUCAGAAAUAUUGCUUGGAGGACACAACACGAUCGUUGUACACAAUACAUGCGAGGAUUCUUUACUCGCUAGUCCAAUCAUUUUAGACUUGGUUCUAUUGGCAGAAUUAUGUUCACGCAUUACCUUCAAAAUAGCGGAUUCAGAUGAUGAAUUUACCGAAUUCCGCAGUGUACUCUCUAUAUUAUCGUAUCUUUGCAAAGCACCAUUAGUGCCUCGGGGAACCCCCGUGAUAAAUGCAUUAUCCCGACAACGGGCUGCGAUUGAAAAUAUCUUAAGAGCAUGUCUAUCGUUGCCUCCAGAAAAUAAUAUGUUACUUGAGCACAAAGUAAAUUUUGGAAGACCAUUAUAAAGUGAAGAAAACCCAUUGUAUCUUCAAAUAAGGGUAUUACUGUUUUUUUAAAAAAAAGGGGAAAAAAAGGAACGAACGGUAUUAUCAAAGAAUAAUUAAGA